AUGGCUGACGAAGGUGAUCAAGCUACGACAACAACGACAUCGGUUGAAGAACCACUCGAUCUUGUUCGGUUAAGUCUUGAUGAAAAAGUUUGUGUUAAAAUGCGUAAUGAACGUGAAUUACGUGGUCGUCUCCAUGCAUUUGAUCAACAUUUAAAUAUGAUUUUGGGUGAUGUUGAAGAAACAAUAACAACAAUAGAAAUCGACGAAGAAACAUUUGAACAAAUUUAUCGACCAACAAAACGGCAUAUACCAAUGUUAUUUGUACGUGGCGAUGGUGUUAUUCUGAUUUCACCAUUAGCUAAACAGUCAUGA